AUAUCCACGUUGAAAAAGUCUUGAAACUAAUUUCUUUCUCAGCAGACGUACGACCCUCAGUUCAAUGGAAUCAUUUUUUCCUGGGCUAUUAAAACACUCACAAUUUUUUGGUACGUGACGAUAGCUGUGGUUACCCUGCAAUUCUGUUUGUACCGGAAAAUCAAAAGAGCGGCCUAUUUCAGGUACCGAUCUAUCAUGAAGCCGCAGACAAAGCGAAGUUUAUGCUUGGGAAGUUUCCUUGUGAUAGUCACACUCGUGGUUCUGUACUCGUAUUGUAAUGGAAAUUCUGUCUGCUACACGUUUCCCUUCUUAAGUGGACUGGACCGAGACAGACUAGGUACCAAGCCACAAGCGGAAGUUUUGGUGGCUUCUGUUAUCGUGCAGGCAAAGCGACCGUUGGAAAUGAGAACACCUAUGGAGACACAGAAAGGGUCAUAUCAUGAGACUUCAGGAACACUUGGUGAUCUUCACGUGAAAAGUAAAGAAGAAGGACAUGAAGGAAAGACUAUUAAUGUUACUAAUGAAAAAGUCGAAAAACUCCAUUUUUACCAGAACAGAACUACUGAUCACUCGUAUUUAAUGACUGGAGGGGAGAAACAAUAUAACAAUACACAAGUAGAAAAAACUCAUGAAUUCAAAAAACACCUUUUGCCUCCUUCUGAUAUUGUUGGAAAGAUCGCAGAAGAAAUUUUACGAAAAGCUAACGUAUCCGAAGAAGAAGCCAACAGAGAACUCAUACGCGUCGAGAAAGUCGACGAAUAUGUCGACAGGGAGAGAGAACAAAGAAGGAGAAUAAAACAACACGAGCAUUCGCUUCUGGAAAAGUUGAAGGAGUCGCGAAGUACUGGAGGAAAAAGCAAAGAGAAGAAACUGGUACGAGUUGAAAGAGUAGACUUGACUGACGAGGAAGAAGAGGAUGAAAUUCCAGAGCAGAAAGAACCUCUCAAACAGGAAAAACCUCUCAAACAAGAAAAACAAGUUAAACAAGAAAAGCCUGUCAAACCAGUUUAUGAAGCGCGGUUUCAGGAAAGAGCAGCGUCAAGUAAUACAGCAAUUAAAAGGUUUUCAGUGGAGAAAAAGAGUAACGAAACUUUGAUGAGUGAGAAUAACAAAUCAUCGUACGAAAGAAGAUUUGGCAAAACAUCUAAGGUGAAUAACACAAUAAACAAUACGUCAGCAGUCAAAAAAAAUGGAACCUUUCUCGAUUCCAAAAGCAACAAAACGGGGGAAGCUCUUACAAUCACGCCUCCACCUUUCUUUGCAAAGUUUUUGAAAAUUACUGAAAAGGAACGAGAAAUGAUGAAUUUUCUUCAUAAUUACACCGAAAGUAACGGAACGCUUUUUGGACCGGUGUUAAAUAUUACUCAAGAGGGGAAUGGUACCAAGAAUAUAGAGCCCAAUAUGGCGCAAAGAGCGAACAUGGCUUUUGAGCAGGUGGGCGCUGAUACAGCUCACGUGCGCGAAAAAAGAGAUCGUAGGGAAGGCAAUUUGCAUGAUAGUCUUCAACCUUUGAUAGACAGUUUGUUGGGAUUCAAUAAUGGCACUAAAGAUUUAAAAGAACCAUUUAACUUAAGCCACAUUCUUGGAAAACUAACCAAGGGUAUGGGAAGUCAAAAUCUUCCUGCGACAGAUACCAAACAGACUUCACCGCCAGAUAGCACGGCUCUCCUAGUUAAAUUUCUCCAACAAGGUGGUCGUAACAGAUCAGGCGCGGCUAAAAACGACACAACUGCUCACACUGAUGAUGCCUACAUUAAAGUCAUUGGAACGAAGCUAGAGAGCCACAAAAGUGAACAACAGUCUCCGUUAAAUCUUAAGAAAAUUCUUUUAGCACUGGCAAAUCAUAUUGACUUAGCUAGGCAAGAUAAUGACUCCAGGGCGACGAAUCCAAAAAUUCAGGAGGAGAAGUCCAAUCUGAAAAUCUUGUCCCUUCUAUUAAACCAAAGUACGUGGGAAGAUCUUCGCGAUUUCAACUUGAGCAGUGCUUUGAAAGAAAUCACUGGAAGUUCCUUGAAAGUAAAGCGACAUGAAAAACUCGAGGACCAGGGGUCUAGUCAGACCCAGGCUGAUGUAAAGAUAAUACGGCCAGAAGCGGAUAAACUAGGGGCUAGCACACCGGAGUUUGUUUUAAACACAGUUAGAAACCCCAGAAACUCUUCAAAGAGCGAGGAAGGUCUCUCGUCUUUGAAAUAUUUCUUAAAUGCGACAAUCAUUGAAAAGCAUGCGUCAGUUUCGAGCGGAACUGGCUCAGAAGAGCCCGGGGAUGAAGGUUCUAGAAGUGUCGACUUUGAGAACCAAAACAGUAAAACCUUGAGGGUAGAGGAGAAAUCUGAGAUGAACAAACAAUCAAAACAUGGCUCUAAUGGAAUAUUGAAGUUUGACGCGAUCAGAUGUGAUGCCCUGGAUCCAAAAGUGUUGUUGUAUAAUCGUAUUUUCAAGACGGGGAGUUCAACCACAGAAUUUAUAAUUACGAACUCGAGUUCAAGAAUGAAUUUCCACUAUAAAAUAGGAACGACGGAAGACUGGUACGAUAAAGGCACGUCCCGCCCAUAUCCGGGACUUAUCAUAAGAAAAGCCAACAAACUCAAGAAAUACCCGCGCAUGGCAUUUGUGGCGCAUUUUUACUUUCGGAGAAAAUUGAACUUACCGCAGGCUCAUACGUACAUCAAUCAAGUACGCGAUCCUGUAAGACGGCUGGUGUCUCACUAUCAUUACAUGAGGAGCAACUUACGGCCUGCCCAUAGAAUUAAAGAAUUUCGCGCAUCUGGAGAAAAGGACGAAUCUUUAGAGAAAUGUUUCAGAUUGCAACAUAAAGGAUGUCAAAAUAACGUCAUGACGAGAUUUUUCUGCGGGAAACAUUCUUAUUGCCGCAGAGGAAAUGGAAGGGCGCUGCGCAAGGCUAUGAGUAACAUCAAACGAUAUUAUGCCACAGUAGGUUUACUGGAAAAUUACGAUGUCUACCUUCAAAUACUGAAUAAGCGGUUGCCUAAGUUUUUCCCUAAAAUCCCCUUAGAGGAUAUCAGUAAAUUUAAGUACAAUUCCGAAUAUAAGUUUGACGACAUUUCUAGAGAUCUUAUUAGAGACAUCACCAGAGCAAACUGGGCUGAUGUGAAGUUGUACUCGUUUCUGAAGAAACGCUUUUGGCAGCAAGCUAAAACCUGUGGCAUUAUGACGAAAUUAAACUAGGACCCAGUAUUUUAGUGGGUAAGCUCGGUUAUCGACGAAAAAACGGAAGUCUUUGGCGUCGGUAAAAAUCUGAAGCAAUCGGAAACCGAUACAAAUAUUGCAUAGCGCUCGGAAAUAAACGACAUCACUUGUUCUUUACCAUUUUUGCUGUACAUAGAAAGAGCUACAUCAAGGUUAGCCAUGAACAAUAGGAAUAUAUUUUUGUACAAAAAAUAAGAUUUUUGAUAGCAGCCGAGACUGGAUACCAUCCUACCAUUUGAAUGAAUUAUCCAAUGAAUGUAAAGGAGAAUUUGA